AUGCAUGAACGAUGGGCCAAAACAAUUGCUAAAGUAAAAGGUGUAUACACAGAAAUUGACUCGAUUUGUGAAGCAUUAAGAAUCGAUCGUGAAAAUUGUGAUAGAGCUUUGAUAUCAAUCAGUUUUAAUGGUUUGGACCCAUUAUUCAUGUAUACACAAUUGUUGAAAGAAGCAUUUUUGGAUAUAGAGGAUGAUGAUGCGAAAUCGAUUAAAGAACUUGCUGAGUACUGUCGCCUUCAAGAUGGUGCUUCCUCAAAAACAAUUGAAAUGAUCGAACGAGAAUAUCGUAACCAUACACCCAUUUGGUGGUACACAGGCCCAUAUUUUAUUUACUCAAUGCUCAAUUGUGGUCUUCGACUAAUGAAUGUCGACAUUAUACUUAAAAUGGGCUUUUUCAUCCGACAUUUACAUAACCAUAUUACAGAAUUACACCGUGAACAACAAGGCAGCAUGCCGACAAAAUUUCAAGUCUUUCGUGGACAAGGUUUGCCCAUGGAAGACUUUGAAAAAAUGAAAAUAACCAAAGGAGGACUUAUGUCCUUCAAUAAUUUCCUGUCAACAAGCCGCAGUCGUGAAAUAUCUUUCAAAAGAUUUGCACGACCAGCUACAAAGAAUCCCAGUUCAGUUGGCAUCCUCUUUGUUAUGGCCAUCGACACGGUGAUUUGCAUGAAAUCCUCAACACCAUUUGCUGAAGUCAGCAAAGUUGGCUACUACAAAGACAAAGAGGAAGAGAUACUCUUUUCAACACAUACGAUUUUUCGCAUCGACCGCAUUGAACGAAUUGAAGAUAAAUACACAGAUCGCCUAUGGCAAGUUAAUCUCACCCUUGCAGGUAAUCAAGAUGAUGAUUGUAAUAAACUCACAGCACACCUGCGAGAAGAGAUUAGUGGGGAAACCGGAUGGGAUCGACUGGGUUCUAUACUUAUUAAAUUAGGUGAGCCUGCAAAAGCAGAACAUCUCUAUCAGAUACUCCUCGAAAAGGCAUCUACUGACCAACAGCGAUCGGAUUAUAAUCUUCAACUUGGUUCCGUGUAUUAUGGAAUGGGAGAGUACUCGAAAGCACUUUCAUCGUAUGAACGAUCACUUGAAAUCCAGAAAAUAACUGUCCCUCCAAAUCAUCCCGACUUGGCUGCUUCCUACAACAACAUCGGUAUGGUGUAUAAUAACCUGGGCGAGUACUCGAAAGCACUUUCAUCGUAUGAACGAUCACUUGAAAUCCGGAAAAUAGCUCUCCCUCCAAAUCAUCCCGACUUGGCUGGUUCUUACAACAACAUCGGUUCGGUGUAUCACAACAUGGGCGAGUACUCGAAAGCACUUUCAUCGUAUGAACGAUCACUUGAAAUCAAGAAAAUAGCUCUCCCUCCAAAUCAUUCCAACUUGGGUGCUUCCUACAACAACAUCGGUGGGGUGUAUAAAAACAUGGGCGAGUACUCGAAAGCACUUUCCUCGUAUGAACGAUCACUUGAAAUCCAGAAAAUAGCUCUCCCUCCAAAUCAUCCCGACUUGGCUACUUCCUACAACAACAUCGGUUUGGUGUAUUACAGUAUGGGCGAGUACUCGAAAGCACUUUCAUCGCAUGAACGAUCGCUUGAAAUCCAGAAAAUAGCUCUCCCUCCAAAUCAUCCCGACUUGGCUUCUUCCUACGGCAACAUCGGUUCGGUGUAUCACAACAUGGGCGAGUACUCGAAAGCACUUUCAUCGUACGAACAAUCUCUUGAAAUCAAGAAAAUAGCUCUUCCUCCAAAUCAUCCCUCCUUGGGUUCUUCCUACAACAACAUCGGUAUGGUGUAUAAUAACCUGGGCGAGUACUCGAAAGCACUUUCAUAUUACGAAAAAGAUCUUGAGAUCAGUAAAAAAACUCUCCCUUCAAAUCAUCCCGACUUGGCUACUUCCUACAACAACAUCGGUUUGGUGUAUUAUAACAUGGGCGAGUACUCGAAAGCACUUUCAUCGCAUGAACGAUCGCUUGAAAUCAAGAAAAUAGCUCUCUCUCCAAAUCAUCCCGACUUGGCUUCUUCCUACAACAACAUCGGUUUGGUGUAUUAUAACAUGGGCAAGUACUCGAAAGCACUUUCAUAUUAUGAAAAAGCUCAAGAAAUCUGGAAAAAAUCACUACCUUCAACACAUCCACAUAUUGCCCUGGUGAAAUGGAACAUUGAGAUUGCGAAAAACAAAAUGUAA